AUGAUUCAUACUCAUCUGUUUUUUGUUUUAAUCAGUGUUGCGGCCGUUUUGUCGCAAAAUCAACCAACAUCAUCACAAUUUACAAAGGAGGAAGAAUCGGACGUUAACUCUAUUCCAGGUGUUGCUGGGAAAGAUUAUCCGAUCUUUCACGAAAUCCCGCAAACAAAUUUUGGAUGUUCGGGCAAACUUCCUGGUUAUUAUGCCGACACUGAUGCCCGCUGCCAGGUAUGGCAUUAUUGCAGUCUCGAAGGCUUGGUGGAUUCCUUCCUUUGUCCAAACGGAACCAUUUACUCUCAAGAGAGAAGAGUAUGCGAAUGGUAUUACGACGUAGAUUGCACGAAAUCCAGCAAAUUCUCGGAUGUUAACAAGGAUUUGUACAUCAUUCCCGAAACCACUAAAGCUCCUUCACGAAGUGCUCUGGAAAAGCAACAACUGGUUAAGGAUCCUGAAACGCCGCAACUGGUCAAAAAUUCUAACCUACGCAAGAGAUAUAUCCAGUUCUAG